CGGUGGUUAUGGAGAUGAAAUGGGACUGCGAGUUGUCAAGACCACGGUGAUGUUCGAGUGUCCAUAAAGGGAUGCCCAGGAAGAUAGGAUUCAUUGUGGUCAACUCUUCGAGUCAUGAGGAUAACUUCUCUGCCAAGGAGCUCAUGGUCCAUGCACCCACAGUCAAUGGCUGGAGAUCCAGCAGGUCGUGCGCUUACCCUCAACACAUCACCCUCCAGCUGGUGGAGAGAAGUAGGGUGAGGAAGCUGCAGCUGCUGGCCCACCAAUACCUGAUCCCAGCUAAGGUUGAGUUCCACAUUGGAGACACCCUCCCUGAAACCAGCCCUCCAGGGUUCCCAGGGCAGCUUCGCAGACUCGGGUAUGUGUCUUUGUCAGACAAUGAGAAGACAGGCUUCAAAGCUCGGGAGCUGAAGUCGGUCCAUGUCGACGCCGUUGGAACAUACCUGAGAAUAACCUUUCAUAGGAACCACGUCAACAGUUACAAUCACUACAAUCAGGUUGCUUUGGUUGCCAUUAAUGUUCUGGGAGAUUCUUUGGAUGGCAAUGCUUUUAACACAAUUCCAAGCAGAGAGCAGCUGAUCGAACACUACCUCAACAGUACUCAGCUGGAAGCCGCCUUGGACACGACCUUCAUGGGCAAAUGUGAGUCCUUCUCCCCCUUGGACGACCUGGCCUUUGACAUGUACCAGGACCCCGAAGUUGCUCACAUCAUCCGUCUCCUGGACCAAAAGAAGCAGGACACGGUCCGGCAGGAGAAAUAUGAGCAGGCCAAGAAUCUGAAGCAGGCCAUCGCUGACCUGCAAAAGGUGGGGGAGCGCUUGGCUCGAUAUGAUGUGGAAAAGCGAUGUGCCAUAGAAAAGGAGGACUAUGACCUGGCCAAGAAGAAGAAGGAUCUGAUGGAGGAGUACAGGAGGAGCGUCUACAAGCAGCUGGAGGUCCACAACCUGUUGGACAUGACAAUGAUCACGAGGGCGACAGAUCCAUCCCCACUCCAGGAUCCUCCCUCCUUUCUGCCUUCUCCAGGUCAUCGUUCAGUCCCUGCCAAGCCCCUUGUGUCCACAGACACAUUCAGAAAGGGGAAGAAAACCAACACGCCUCAUAAUCAACAGGCAGCCACAGAAACUGUUGUGCCCAAGCUAAGCACCCAACCUGAAACCCCCUGCACCCCUGCUGCAGUACCCAAGAUAGAUGUUACCAGUGUGCCUUAUGAUGAGAGGCCGCUGCCAGCCCUUCAGAGGAAAGACCGCCCAGUGGAGCCCAUCCAGAGCCCUGCAGAGCAGCACUCCCCUCAACCUGAUGCCCACAGGAGUCCAACCAACCCUGAGAUGAGCGGAGAGCCAGAGCCCCUGACUGAGAAAACCCAGAGAGAGGCUGGCCUUCCAAUAGAGGUUUAUGGAGAAAGCCUGGUGGCCGGGGCGUAUUCCAAAACCUGGUCCUACAGAGAGGAUGCUCUGCUGGCUGUGUACAAGAGGCUUUUGGAGGUAUCACCCGCCACCCCCAAGGAGGAGCUGAGAAACAUGAUAAGAGCUGCAGUCUUCCUGGUUAAGAAGGCCCUCCUGGAUAAAGUAUCAUCAGUUUUCCAUGCCUCCUUGAAGCUGCUGCGGCUAAUACUAAGCCAGCUGAUCCCAGGUUCGGGCUUGGGCCGGACCGAGCUGACCCACUGCUUGGAGCAGACCUGGCCUAACCUGCUGGCCAGGACUGGAGACUCAGUCAGUCGCCUCCGGGCCACGGUCACUGCCUUCAUACGGGAAAUUGCUGUUUUGAAGGAUGUACGGGCCCUGCAGGUAAUCCCUGGUGAGCUGGUGAAGCCCUUCAAAUCCAACUUCCCCUCUCGCCUGGCUCAGAGUCGGGCCGAGCUGCUCGAGAAGCUACUCGCUGAGCUGGGUACAGAGAACUCUGGCUUCACCCUGGAGAAUGUCAUGACGUUCUGCACUGCGGCGUUGGAGCACAGUGCAUCAACGGUUCGAGAGCUGGCAGCGCGCAUCAUCUUAUCCUUGUACCAGCAGCACAAAAGUGCUGUUCUCAGCUACCUUCCACCCAACGACGCUGCUGCACGGAAGAACUUCCUCUACAAAACCCUCUUUGAUGGCUUUGCCAAGAUUGACGGAAAGCUGGUAGAGACUCAGACUUUGAAGAAAGGCAGUGGUCAGCAGGAGGGCCAAAGGGAGAAGGAGGAGAUCCACUCUCUUCAGGAGCAGCUGGCUGCCUUGAAAGAGAUCACAGAGAAAAGCAAUGAGAGCACCAAAGGACAAAUGGGCAAGAGGGAAGCUCCUAAAGUUGAGAAAGAGUCCCAAAAAGCUGGCAAAGCACCUGCCACAAAACCGCCCCAGAAUAAGAUAACAGACAGAGCAGAUGUCCAACAAUCUAUCAACUGUCUGGACAACUUGUGUAUAUUCUGUGGUAAAAAGGAUGAGUCAUUCACAGAGGAAGGGUUGGACCUUCACUACUGGAAACACUGUCCUAUGCUGCGACGCUGUGAUGAAUGUAGACAGGUAGUCGAGAUAUCCAGCCUCACCGAGCACCUGCUGGGUGAAUGUGAAAACAGGUCCAAAUUCAGUCAGUGCCCCCGCUGCUCAGAGGCUGUGGCCACUGAGGACCUUACUCGCCAUGUCCAAGGUCCCGCCUGCAACCCCCCCAUCUCCGGUAAAGGCUCCAACCACUGUCCAUUGUGUCACAACAACUUCAUGCCUGGAGAAGAGGCCUGGAAGGCUCACCUCAUGGGCAGGGAGGGCUGUAAACAAAACUCACGCAGGACUGCGGUGUCCCAGAGAACCCAGCCAGCACAAGGCAGGGCUGUCGGUGGAGCUAAGCUGAAGCAGGCCUGGUCGGUUGGGGCCAGGAGCAGGCCCAUUGGCAGAGGCAGCCGGAUCCCAGCACUGGCACCCCUGGCCAGAGGACCCACGCCAGGGAAGCGCUGAAGCUGGUUCAAAGCACCUGGGGGACAUCCCUGCACCCAGCAUCCCAGCAACAAACACCCCUGUAGUAACCCCACCUUCACAUUUCCUGGUCCAUCGUUCCUGCAUAUAGGCACUUUUAGAAUAUGAUAGGUUUCAGAUGUAUUCACUGACAUAUGCAAUAGGAUUUUAGAAGCCAAAACGGAUUUUGUUUGAAGCCACCAGUAUGCUAUAUCUCUUUUUUUAGAUUACCAAAAGCUGAACACAUCUAUCGUAUUAGCUUACGCACAAACUGACAUUAAAAAACAGGUUUGUAUUCAUUUAUUUAGACGCUGCAGAUUUACUGCAUUAACUAAAUUCUAAAUUCUCUGUUAGAUAUCUUGCCUCGUGUCUGUGUGCUGUUCACUUGUAUCUCCUUAUUCUCCUUUUUCUUAUCGCUCACUGCCGUUUGAAGAGGGGAAUUUCACAGCUUAAAGGGGCUGUCCAUUGAUUUGGUAUCAGGUGACUCACACAAGACAAUCGAAAUAAAAGCAGCAGUGGCAGAGACAUCCUGACUUUUAGUUCCUAGGAUGUGUCAGCCUCUAUAAACCCGGGAUCCUACAUUUCCCAAAAUGUAACCAGUAGCAGCUUCUUGUUAGACCCAGUCUGUCUGGUAAAUAGACACGUCUUACAAACUUCACACCCUCAGUUUACAGUGCAGGCUCUCUGUUAUAAAUGCCUUGGCUGAGAUAAACGCAAUGACUUCAGAGUGAGAACAUCAGAGUUUUUUUUUCCUCAGACUCGAUAAAUCUCCUCCAUAGACAUGAUGAAAGUGUGUUCACAGGCUUGUAAACUAUCAUUUCUUUGUGUAAAAUGUGUAAGUGUCCAUAUUUACAGCUGUACAAGCUGUUCAACGGUGCUCUGAAUGUGAACACUUUAUGGCAAAAGGGUGAAAAUAGGCACUUUUUCAUCAGAAGCGGUCUCAGCAUGUUGACCAAAAACAACAAUUCUCCAGUAAAAUCCGGGAUGUAAAUACAACUAAAACACACUCAUGAUCACGGUAGAAUCUUAAGUCAAGUCUGAAUGAUCUAGGUUGAGAGCUUCCCAUAGACAACCAGCGUAGUAUCAAUCAGUUCUCCAACAAAUACGUAAUCAGUCACUGAACCUUAUCAGAAGACGGUGACACUGACUAAUACCUGGAAACGCUCCUCUCCUUUGUAGAAGCAGUAAUGUGAGGAGAGGAGGAACGAGGCUGAGGUGUAGUCACAUGCAGAAGACUUCCCCUCCUUCUGCUGAUGGCUUCCAUCCUAAAGCUUUACUGUCAGCUCUGUGCUUUGCCACCUGUUUACAUUUUUCUCCUCAUUUCUUUCCUUAAAUAAAUGAUACAUAAGGAAUAAAGUAGCACUUUGCCAAAGGGAUGAUGCUUCACUGCAGAAUUUUUAGUACAGUAUAAACUUUAUUUUUCCUCUCAACGCCUACUGACAAUCUUGAGUAGAUGGCACAGUUUUAUAUGCUGUACUAGUCUAGUGACUUAGACUAACUGAAGAGAACAGGAUGGAGAUGAAUGUACUGUUUAUAGCAGAAUUUGUGUAGCACCUAUUUUUCCUAAAGUCCGCUUGAUUUGUGCUGGACAUGACGUCGGUCGACACCAACGAUAUCAAGCGCUUCUUCGACUUUGAACCCAUUUAAACCACAAUAAGAACUAAGACAGUUAUGCGCGAGAGUUAUAGUUGGCGCUGUAAUUUUCCUACUUCUGUUGUACUACACAGUGUUAUGACCAUGUUGGAAUGUAUCUGUGACUCAUCCACAGCCACAAAAGAACACACACCUGUGAUUCUCUGAACUAACAGAAACAUCCCUGAUCUCUGAUUUUUUUUUAAAUAUACAAAUUGUAAUUUAUUAUGGCAAGUUCCUCAUCAGUGUGUAGGAUAGCGCUAACUGUAGUGUCAGUGGACAAAGCAUAAACAAUCUAAAUGCAGCUGAUAAGCCAGAUAUAUAGAUAAAAGAGCAUACUUUCCCAUUCACCACGCUGGCUUUAAUAUGCUUCCUUAUUAAGGUUGUGCUUUUAUUUGCAUAGUGGUAUUUUAUGAAAAAUUGUGGUGUUUAAUGGCUAUUUUUUUUCCUGCAAAUGUAUUUGUAUUUGUUUAAAUAAAGCCUCAUUAAGCUGA